UUAAGAAAUGGAGAGAGAACAGGAGAUCUGCUCGAACAAAUAAACCGAAAAAGGAAAAAGAAAAAGGAACUCUCUCUCUCCGAUCAGAUCGGAUUCGAAAAUUUCACGGUUUUUACCCUUUUGCCAGAAUUCUGAUUUCAAAAUUUUGAAAUCUUUGGGUGAAAAUUCGACCGUUUUUCUGUUCAAAAGAACAAUUUAUUUUUCGGAAUUUACUCGUACCUGAAUGUAUUUGUAUAUACACAUUUGAUUUGAUCGUCGUGGUAAUAUUUGAAACUAGGGUUGCUCUCAAAUUCAAGGUUUUUGAUAGGGAUAUAGAAGGGGGAAGGUGGAAGUGGUAAGGGGAAGAUUUUUGGAAUUGAAGAAUUUGAAUGGCGUCGGCGCAGGUUAUGAGAAAGCAAGACCAUUUGGAAGCUGGAAAAAGAAAGCUAGAGGAGUUCCGUAAAAAAAAAGCUGCUGAAAGGUCCAAAAAGACUACCUCUGUUACCCAAAUUAACACCUCUGAUGGGGGGUCCCAUGAGAAGCAACUUUCGGAUUCUGAACGUGUACGGCUUGUUGAUUCUGAUGUAGCUGGUACAUCUGAUGCAGUUGGAGCAGCUGUUUCAGAACCUUCUGGUGUAGUAAUUAACAAAGAUAGCAAAGAAACUGAGGCAUCCCAGAAAAGUAGCUUUACUUUUUCUCAUGAUGAAAGUGCAAACCUUCCUCCUGUAAAUGAAUUUGCAGUUAACACUUUUGUACCAUUGCAUUCUCAGUCAUCAGACAAAGAAUUUAGAGGUGAUGACACUUCACAACUUAAUGCGGAUUAUGGCCCACAAAACAAAAAAGGAAUUGAUGGAGCCUUAGACAGCACAUCAUCUGGAGUUGCAAUAGAUCAAACUUUUGCUCUUCAUCUGCCAUCUGAGAACAUUGGCAGUACUUCAAGACCCUUUGGUUAUGAUGGGUUGUAUGAUACCUUGUCUAGUAACAGUGAUAGUUACUUGAAAGAUCUCUCAGUAACUAAUUCUAAAAGGUCUCAUUCUUUCACUGCAAAUGGCUUUCCUGAGGAUUCUGGAACUGUUUUUCUACCUGAAAACUCAGGUUAUGGGAAUCACAUGUUUAGCAACCAUAUGUCCUCAUCUUUUGGAGUGGAGAAGAUGGGCGCUUAUGACUAUAAUAAUUUCAUGGUUUCUGGUCUAGGAGAGAGCAAGUUUAAUAGCGGCUCAGCUCAGUUGUCUGGUGCCAAUAAUUUAUCUCCAUGGAGCUCAUCAAAUUAUAGGCAACAAACUCUAUCCUCAGAAACUAAUGUCAGGAGGUCUCGUCCAUCUUUCCUUGAUUCCAUCAAUAUAUCACGAGGUCCUUCUGCAUCGCCUCCUAUGUCUGGACCAAAGGUUGAGCUACUUGGUUCAAAAGUACACCCAGAGGACACUUUAAGCUCGUAUCCUGCACAGAACUCAACACAAUCUUCCGUUGCUUUGGGUAAUGGGGCGGACAUGUUCAAGCAAGUUAUGGACAAAGGCUUGGAUAAUAGACAAGAGCUUUAUCCACGGAAACAAGAUGAAGAUUUUGCUGCGCUAGAACAGCAUAUUGAAGAUUUAACACAAGAGAAAUUUUCUUUGCAACGUGCGCUUGAUGCUUCACGAGCUUUGGCAGAGUCCUUGGCUGCUGAAAAUUCAGCUCUUACAGAUAACUAUAAUCAACAGGGAAGUGCUGUGAACCAACUAAAAUCUGACAUGGAGAAGUUACAAGAGGAAAUUAGAGCCAAUCUGGUGGAGCUGGAAGCUGUGAGAAUAGAAUAUGGAAACGCACAAUUGGAAUGUAAUGCAGCAGAUGAGCGUGCCAGGUUAUUGGCAUCUGAAGUUAUAGGGUUGGAAGAGAAGGCUCUUCGAUUGAGGUCUAAUGAGCUAAAACUGGAGAGACAGCUGGAGGAGUCACAAGCUGAAAUUUCUUCUUUCAAGAAGAAAAUGUCAAGCCUUGAGAAGGACCGUCAGGAUCUGCAAUCGACGAUUGCUGCAUUACAAGAAGAAAAGAAACUGUUGCAGUCCAAGCUACGAAAAGCAUCUGGAAGUGGUAAGGCUGUUGAGGUUAGCAAGAGCCCAACUAGUAAGAAAGAUGUUUCAACCUCGACAGAAGAUCUUGGUGAAAACCACGACGUAGAUACCAGCACCAGCACUUCUAAUAUGGAAGGCAAUCAUGGAAAUGAUUCUUCCAGCAUUCCACUUCUGCAUGAUAACAGGGAUUUCAACCUUCAAGAUUUAUCUUUGGCUAUUCCUCCUGACCAGACAAGAAUGAUUGAGAACAUUAACACAUUAAUUUCAGAGUUAACCUUGGAAAAAGAAGAGUUGGCACAAGCCUUGUUUGUUGAAUCGUCUCAAAGCUCUAAGCUUAAGGACUUGAAUAAGGAGUUAACUCGAAAACUUGAAGUUCAAACUCAAAGAUUAGAGCUUUUGACUGCCCAGAGUAUGGUGAAUGACGUUAUCCCAGUAAGACAACCUGAUACUCGUACAGUGAACGAUAAUAUUCCAUAUGCAGAUGAAGGAGAUGAGGUGGUGGAAAGGGUAUUGGGAUGGAUUAUGAAGCUCUUUCCUGGAGGGCCAUCAAGGCGGCGAAGUAGCAAGCUACUUUGACUUUCCAGUGGACACUUUCUUAGUUGGGGCUUCUAGCAGAUGUGUUUUGGUUCAAACACAAUCAAAUUUUUGUACAAGAUGACGGUUGCAGUUGUAUAUUGUGAGUGACCGAUAUAGUCCAUUCUUUUGUCUCAGAAAGACAAUGGUGUUGUUGGUAAUAUUGGGAAAUGCUAUUGUCACUUCUUGAAAGAGUUGGCAAUAAAGAUAGACGCUCAUUUUAAAUCUACAGAUGGGUCUAUGAAAAGCUAUUGGGUGCAUCGAUUGUGAACCACAAGGUAAACAUUUGAAACAGGUGUUAGAAAGAUAGAUGUUAGUGCAGGAACGUGAGAUUGUAUCAUAAUUUUGUUACAGUUGAAAAGGAAGAAAGGCAAAUGUACUUGGUUCUUUUGGAGAAAGUGACUUGUAUUCUUUAUUCUUCCAGUUACAGUUCUAUUUGUAGUUUGUUACACUUACUGAAAGAUUAAAUGCCAAUAUAUGAAAGAAAGAACAUUUGAGAAUUUCAGAUCUCCUUAGAGAUCUUA